ACCGAGCUUCGGGGGAUCAAAGUUCGGCGGAUGGAAGCUCAGGAUUGAUACAGGGUGAGUGAGGUGACUGGGGCUGCGAACUACAUCUACCAAAGGAGCUACCUAUCUUACCAGGCACAAGUGAGUCGUUACGAGCAACGCUUUUUUUGACGCAGCAGAGCUGGCUGUUGUGUACGUGUGCGUGUGCGUGUGUGUCGUCGAGUCGCAACGUUCCUCGUCCAAAGUGCUCGGUGUCCGCCUGCGUAUACGCUCGCCUGUCCGAGAUGGCCGAAGCUCCGGGGCAUGCCGCAGCUGAUCCAUGGCAGUUUCCAAUUGCGGCAACCUUGGGGCUGCACAUCGCAGACACCAAGUGGCAGACGGGCCAGGCAAAACGGAACAAGGACGACAAGCCUCCCUCGCCAGGUCCCACACAAGCCCAACCACACACCGCAUCCCCAACCGUGGACCGCAAACACGUCCGGACAAGCCAUGCCACCUCCCCCACCUACCUGCCUCUGGUGGCCGUCUGGAAGGUAAUCUGCAAUAACCCCUACCCAUUUCGCCUGGCCCCUAGCGGCCAGGUGGCGGUCUGGCAGGGAAUGCUAGCCGUGGUCGCGGCGUUUGUACGGAGACAUGUGUUCUAUGCCUGAGAAAAUAAUCAUGUAUUGGCAAAGAUGAAACGCUACGACAUGCAAACGCCAUCUCAGC